AUGAGUAGAGUAGACAAACAAAAGAGAAAAGCUGAAUUGGAAGCACAUAUUAAGGGAGAUGAUCUCUAUGAUGAGGAUAAAGGGGGAGAUUUUGUAGAUCUUCGAGAUGAUGACUCUGACUCUAAUCUAGAGAUGACUAGGGCUAAACAAGCAAGUAUUCGUUCACAACAACAAUGGGAGGAAAGGCAACAAUUUAGACGAGGUGUUACAGGUCAUGGAUCAAAAUACGAUGCAGGUGGUAGUUCUGGUGCAGUGGGUAGUGGUCAAAGAAUGCCAAAAGGGUCAGCAAGGUUGAAGGCAAUAGAUGUAGAACUCCAAAAGAGCAAGAGUACAAAGCAGCGAAAAAUCUCUACAAUGAAUUUACAGAAGUUAAGAGAAAGAUUGGGACGGGCAGUGUCCAAGUUUAUACUCUAUAAUCGUAUUACAUUCAAUGCAGUUGAUUCAGAGUAUACACAACCUAUGCUUGAUGUUGCUACUGAAGUAGGGCCAGGAGUAAAGGGUCCUAGUGCUUAUGAAGUUUCUAAAGUAUAUUUGGGCGUGGAGCAUGAUGAAAUGAUAGAAUGGAUAGGCUCAUUCAAGGGAAUUUGGGCAGAGAGAGGUGUAUCCAUCAUGUGUGAUGGAUGGAGCAGUCUAACUCGGCAACACAUCAUCAACUUCUUAGUGUACUGCAAUAGAGUGGUAACUGAUAAUGAACCUGCAUUGAAAGCUGCCGGUAAAAUGUCAAUGAGAAAAAGGAAACAUUUAUAUUGGACAGUUUGCUCAGCACAUUGUAUCGAUCUCAUGUUAAAAGACAUAGCUAAUAAGAAAAGUGUAGCAAAGGUGAUUGAAGAUGGUAAAACCAUCACCAAUUUCAUUUAUAAUAGUGGAUGGGUGUUGGAUUUAAUAAGAAAAUUCACUAGAGAUAGAGAAUUGAUUCGACUUGCCAUCACUCGAUUUGCUACAAAUUUUAUUGCUAUUGAGAGUAUUGUUAGAUAUAAACAACAAUUGAAAGCUAUGUUUAAUAGUGAUGAGUGGAAGAAUUCUAGAUAUGGGAAGGCAAAGUCUGGGCAGCCUUACAAUGUGAAAAAAAUUAUUUUGGGAAAAGAGUUUUGGCAGAAAGCAAAAAAGCUUUGUAAGGUUCAUAAGCCCCUAGUCAGAGUAUUGAGGUUGGUUGAUGGGGAUGAGAAGCCAACAAUGGGUUUUAUAUAUGAAGCUAUAGAUAGAGCAAAGUUGGCAAUUAAAAGAGAUUGUCGCUACUACACCGAGUAUUGA